UUUUUUCUUUAAAAAAGGCUUUACAAUAUAGACUCACUUUUGUGUGAAGUAAAUUAGGGUUUUCUCUGUCACAGUCAGCGACGGGAAAGAAGUUCCAUUGGCGUCUAGGUAUCCCACAUCACAUCUAUGGGUUUCUUGAGUUGUUGGUCUUUUUUGUGGGAUAUUAUACACAUCGAUAAGCAUCUGUCAACUGUUCCAGAAACCGAAGGUUGUCAGCAAAGAAUCGAAACUAGGAUCUGUGCUUUGCCUGACGAUUUGCUCUUGCAGAUCUUGCAUCACGUCCCAACAAAAGAGGCAGUCGCCACUUCAAUCUUGUCUAAACGAUGGCGUUAUGUCUGGACGAUGGUGCCUAGACUCGAGUUCAAAGACGAAGGCAGCGAGAGCGUUGGGUGGUUUAUUGAGAAGUCAUUGCAACUCCAUAAGGCACCGAAACUAGAUGGUUUGAUUGUCGAAAUCGGUCCACAUUGUCCUUUUGACGUAGAUGUUGGAAAGUGGGUUGAGAACGCAGUUAAUAGAGAUGUUGAAGAUUUAGAUUUCAAGCUCCUCUGGACCGCAGAGCCCACAAGAUUUCCUAAGUGCCUUUACACAUGUGACACGCUCGUUUAUUUAACUCUAUCCAACCAGAUUCUAGUGGAUGUUUCCUCCCCGGCUUCCUUACCAUCUCUCUUAUAUUUGAGUCUUCACUACGUGGUGUAUAAAGACGAUGGCUCUCUUGUUAGGCUUUUAUCAAGUUCUCCUAUUCUCAAGUGGCUGAGUGUGCAUAGACAUGAGAAUGACAACUUGAAAACCUUUACCGUGAAAGUUUCUUCUUUAGAAUCAUUUUAUUAUGAUGAUAAUUGGCUCAAGAAUGAGGUAGAGGAUAAUGAGAUUGAUGAGGUAGAGGUUGAUGCGGUAGAGGAUAAUGAGGUUGAUGAGGUAGUGGAUAAUGAGGUAGAGGUUGAUGAAGAUGAUGAUCUCAAUGGAUCGUUGGUAAUAGAUUCCCCUGCUUUAAAAAAUUUGCAGUUAUAUGAGGUUUGGGACUAUUGCUUGAUAGAGAAUAUGUCUUUCCUUGAUGAGGCAUUCAUCAACAAUGUUCCAAACCCCGAUGACAAGUUUCUGAGAUCUCUUUCUUCUGUCAUACAUCUGUACUUGUAUUUGACCAAAUCAAUGGUUGCAUGCUGUAACGCCAUCAAGUUCUCCCGGCUCAUAGAGUUACAUUUUCAUCCAGAUGAUUUAGUAGAUUGGUUGAUGCCACUUAUUUUUUUGCUUCAAAAUUCUCCUCAACUUAAAACUCUUACGAUUGACAAUAACUUCGAGGGUCUCCCACUUUCCUGGAACCAGCCGGUAUCUAUUCCCGGAUGCUUGUUGUCUCAUCUAGAGAUCUUUAGGUGGGGAGACUAUGGAGGAAGAGAAGAUGAGAAACAACUAAUGACAUACAUUCUGGCUAACUCAAAGUGUUUAAAGACAGUCGAGAUAUCCCUCUUAGCAACUUGCAAUCUUGAAGACAUACAAGAGGAGUUAGAAUCUAUGCCUAGGGUUUCAACAUCAUCUCAACUUCUAAUCUCCACUAAAAUGGACUGGAGGUUUAACGAUUGAUAUUGCUACUAAUUUAUUUGUUUAAGUACUAGUUAAGCUAUCAUUUAAUGAUUACAUUUAGUUAAUUAUUAGGUUACAACAUGGACUAUCUAGUGCUCAAUUUUCUUGCUCCACUACAGAACUGUAAUACUUUAAAUUGAACUCGAAAUGUUCAUUGACAUUUUAACAAAGCUAAACUGUAAGUA